UUCUGACUCAACGAAAAAGAAGGCAAAUAUCAUGGAAGUCACAUCUCAGCCGGCUGCUUUUGAACCCACAGACUUUCACACGGGCUUGAUGAGCUGCUGUGAAGACACAAGCGUAUGUUGUUAUGGCUGUUUCUGUCUCCCUUGUUUGGGCUGUUCUAUUGCCAGUGAGAUGAAUGAGUGCUGCUUAUGCGGUUUAGGCAUGCCGAUCCGAAGUGUUUACAGAACUAAAUACAACAUACCAGGAUCCCUGUGUAAUGACUUUUGGGCCGGUUACUUCUGCAUGCCUUGUGCAGCCUGCCAGUUGAAGAGAGACAUUGACAUUAGGAAGCGUACUGGAGAAUUCUAAGGAAAAGCUAUCUUACAAGGAACAAAAGCCCUGAACAUAAUUAUUCUGUGUGUGUUUUAAAGGCAACAGGGACAAUGCUAUCUAGCAGCCAAUCUAUAGUACACUACCAUCUAGACAAUGAAUUAUUGCCCUUUGGAACUCAAUAAAAAUCUGUUAUAUAUGCAAAUACUUUAAACUAAUCAACCUUAUGACUUCAUGAAAGUACAGGCGACAUCGGAUUGAUAACAGUUUGUGUACCACAGACAUCAUGUUACUCAAAAUGGGCGUUGCUCAAUGUCAUGCUUCCAGAUUCAUUUUAUAAUAGAGGUCCAAUAGUGAAGAAAUCACACUGAUUAUAUGAUCAGAUUAUGCCAUGUUGGUUGUGUUGUGAAGCUAUGUGUGCCUGUAAGUUAAGAGUCCGUCUUUAGGAGAAUAUAGUUUCACUUUGUAUUAUUUUAUUAUUAAUUUGUAUCAUUUGCAACAUGUUCUUUUAAUACAGUUAGAUUUACUGUAAUGUAUAUUCUUAGUUACAUCCACAUACAUGUUUUGUAGUCACUAAAUUAUAAGAAAGAGCAUUUAAUUUUAAAUAUGUAGUUGAUGUUAUUGUCAUACAUUAGACAACAAGAUCUGUAAAUGUCUUACUAUAAUAAAGUUACUCAAGGUGUUUCAUAAAGCCUUCCAAUGUAACACAUAAAAUACAGAAAUAAAGAAAAGAAUAGCAUCUUGUCUUUUUGAAGACAUGAUUUAGCAUGAGCUGCAUUUCUCCAUGCUAGGAAAACAUUGGCCCGGGGCAAUAUUCUCCAUAUUGCAAAGUUCAGACAUCUAAUCUCAAGUCUUCUAAACUCUUCUAAAAAGUCUACAGCACGUGGCACUGUGCCACCUUUGAUGACAUGAGUUUGAACAUAACACAUUUUCUUGUACAGUUUCACAAAACAUUACCACAGAUUCAUUGUCAUCUCACAUUUCCUGUCUGACAACUGAAGGAACAAAGUCUGAUUGUAUGAAUCACAGCAUCAUAAU